AUGUCAACAGCCCUUCUCAAACCAGCAAUGCAUUUUAUGAAACUUGUGGCCAAUCCCAAUGCCUUCAUUUUUAGUCCGGACAGGAACCCUGUGGUCAGAAUGCUCCUGCGACCGACGUUUUAUAAGCAGUUUGCUGCCGGGGAGAAUGAAAAGGAGGUCACGAAAACAAUUCGGCAUAUCAAAGAUCAAGGCUUUACCGGCGUUAUUCUAGGCUAUGCCAGAGAGAUUGUCGUGGAGACACAAGGAAGAACACCUCGGCCAACAGACAAUCCAACAAAGGCAGAACUGAGAGAUAUUGAGCUGUGGAAGCAAGACACACUCCGUACGCUGAGAAUGCUCGACAGUGGCGAUUUCCUUGCUAUAAAAUAUACCGGAGCGGGUCGUAUCGCAGUCGAUGCGUGUCUCGCAGGGGAAGCACUGCCUCCAAAGUCAAUCGAGCUCGCAAUGGACGAGAUUUGCAAUGAGGCACGGAGCCAGGGAUCCAGGAUCUGGAUUGAUGCGGAGCAAACACACUUACAACCCACUCUGGACCGUUGGGCCAUUGAUCUCAUGAAGAGACACAAUCGGGAUGGUAAAGCACUCGUUUAUAAUACCAUUCAAGCGUAUCUCAAAUCAUCCCGCGAGAAUGUUCUGAGUCACCUGCGCGCUGCCCAAAAUGGCGAUUGGACACUGGGGAUCAAGUUGGUCCGUGGCGCCUAUAUUGCCAAUGAGCCCAGGUCACGGAUUCAUGAUACGAAGGAGGAGACCGACGAAGCCUACAACAAAAUUGUUAGCUCGCUCUUGCGUCAAGAUUUCCCAGUCGAUGGUGACCACGGUGUCUUUCCUAAAGUUCAGUUAUUUGUGGCAUCUCACAAUGUGUCAUCCAUUAGACAAGCUUAUUCUCUGCAUUCCCAUCGGGUUCGAGAUGAGAUGCCAACCGUCUAUGUUGAAUAUGGCCAAUUGAUGGGAAUGGCCGAUGACGUGAGCUGCGAGCUUCUCAUUCACCGAAGGGAAGAUUUACAAUCAACCGACGAGAAGACUCGUUUGUCUGCUCCAAAAGUUUUCAAAUGUCUGUCCUGGGGUAGCACGAGUGAGUUGGUUCAGAAUCUCUACCGCCGAGCGGUGGAAAAUACCGAUGCUGUCCAAAGAACCGAAAACAUGGCCAAAGCCUUACGUGGGGAGCUAUUGCGGCGGGUGUUCCGACUUUCAUCAUGA